ACAGCGCCCGCCCUUCCCCGCCUCUGCGGCUCUAGCUCUCCCACAGCUCGAAAAAUGGGACGGAGAACCCGGUACUUAACUGCUCGCACACUCAGCACCUCGCACGGCGUGGACCCCGCUGGGCUGCCCCCGACAGUCCUCCCUCUGCUUGGGGCUUUCCCGCCAAAACUCAGAAGCUGGGGUAGGACUCGUGUGCAAGUGCUCUCUCUCUCCCCCCCAUCCCUGAAUGGGAGUCACCUGAAGACCCUCUGUCAGGGCUACUGCGGUCCCAGGUGUGUGGAAGACCAGAAGUGUCUGUCAUCUCUGUGCCUGGAGACCUCAGGACGUUCAAGGCUUCACUAGCUCCAGCUAGGCGCCUGGGAACUGCUCAGAGUAACCGGUUCUGCAGCCGCCGCCGCCGUCUGGGUCAGGGAAGGAUGCCGGCGCGAGCUCCCUGGACCUGACCCAGGCCUGCCGAGGAUCGCGGCCCGGCCCGGGGGGCGAGAGGGUGCCGCCCAGGCCGCCGACCCCAGGAUCCCGCCGCGGGGACCAUGGCCUCCGUGCGCCUGCAGCUGCUGGCGUUCGCCCUGGCCGUGUCGGGGGCCUGCGGGGUGCUGGCGGCCACGCUGCUGCCCAGCUGGCAGGUGAGUGUGGCGGCGGGCGCCAGCAUCCUGUCGGCCGUGGAGCAGCUGCAGGGGCUGUGGAUGGACUGCACCUGGUACAGCACGGGCAUGUUCAGCUGCGCGCUGCGCGUCUCCACGCUGGCCCUCCCCCUGCACGUGCAGGCGGCGCGGGCCGCCAUGGUGCUGGCCUGUGUCCUGGCCGCCCUGGGCAUCUGCGCGGCGCCCGUGGGCAUGCGCUGCACCCGCCUGGGCGGCGACCGCGAGGACACCAAGCGCCACGCCGCGCUGGCCGCGGGCGCCUGCUUCCUGGGGGCCGGGCUGGCGGGCGCGGUGCCCCCGGUGUGGUACACCCGGGAGAUGGUGGCCACCUUCCUGGACCUCACGGUGCCCGAGGGCAACAAGCCGGAGCCCGGGGCGGCCGUCUACGCCGGCUUCGUCUCGGCCCUGCUGCUGCUCGUCGCCGGCUGGGUCUUCUGCGGCUCCGGGGCCAGGAAGCGGCCGGAGGGGAGGCGUCAGCUGCCCAAGCAGCCGCUGGCGCCCGACAAGGCCACCUACCACCUCGAGGACUACGUGUGAGCACCGAGGCCCCGCUGGCCUUCCGCUCACUGCCAGUGAAGGAGACAAGACUACCAAAGCAGGGGCUGGAGCUCUAGCACAGCCGGGAGGGCGCCGGCCUCGCGUGGGGCUGACCGGGUUCCAGCCUGGCAUCCCAUAGGGUCCCCUGAGCCCCGCCAGGGCGGAUUCGGGAGCUGCAGAGCCAGGAGGGAAGCCCUGAGCAUCACCGCGGGUGGCCGCCUCCCUCCCCUCCACCCCCCACUCCAAAAAAGAAAAACUUUCUCUACAAAGAACAAAAGGAACUCUGACGGCGGUGAGGUCUCAGGCGCCUCCAAGCUAUUACGCAUCAUCUGCAUCUGUCCUGAGACUGUUUUUGCGUUUCUCGUUUUCAUGCUGUCACGAAAGGUUUGUCGCUGAGAAAGGUUCCUCUGGCACACAGGACGGCCACUGAGUGUUCUUCCUUUCUUUCUUUUUUCUUUUUUUUUUUUUUUGCUUUUUGGGUCACACCCAGCAAUGCACAGGAUUACUCCUGGCUCUGCACUCAGGAAUUACCCCUGGCCGUGCUCAGGGGACCAUAUGGGAUGCUGGGAAUCGAACUUGGGUUGGCCGCAUGCAAGGCAAAUGCCCUACCCGCUGUGCUAUCGCUCCAGCGCCGUGUUCUUCUUUUCCAAGACGACCUGCAGCUCCGGCUCCCGAAUGACACUUCACCCAGAUCCCGCAGACAAUCGGAGUGGCCACAUCUGGGAAAUGCCUGUCCUGCUGCCACCCUCAAGCCCCGCCUUUCAGCAGGGACAGUGAGCUGCCCGCCCACCCCU